AAACCACUAACAUUAGAGCUGUAAUGGUAAGUUAUGUAACUCAACCUAACUUUUCACAUUCAUUUCAAUUCAAGCUUGGGUAUAACAGAUCCCAAAUGUUGGAUCUGCCAUUUUAAUCAAGGGAAAAACAGAUCUGGUCUUGCCUUCUUCUGUUCCUCUAGAUUCAUUCUCAAGUCCCAUACUAGUACUAAACAAACCAUGUUUUUAUUGGAUUGGUUUUAUGGGGUUUUUGCAUCUUUGGGUUUAUGGCAAAAAGAGGCAAAGAUUUUGUUUUUAGGACUUGACAAUGCUGGCAAAACCACCCUUCUUCACAUGUUGAAAGAUGAGAGAUUGGUUCAACAUCAACCUACUCAGCACCCUACAUCUGAGGAACUGAGUAUAGGAAAAAUCAAGUUCAAAGCUUUUGAUUUGGGUGGUCACCAGAUCGCUCGCCGUGUCUGGAAAGAUUACUAUGCUAAGGUUGAUGCAGUGGUUUACUUGGUGGAUGCCUAUGACAAGGAGAGGUUUGCAGAGUCGAAGAGGGAGUUAGAUGCCCUCCUUUCAGAUGAAGCGCUAGCCAAUGUUCCGUUCCUCAUUCUCGGCAACAAGAUCGAUAUUCCCUAUGCAGCGUCAGAAGAUGAGCUCCGUUAUCAUCUUGGGCUGACAAAUUUCACAACGGGCAAGGGUAAGGUGACUCUUACAGACUCCAACGUUCGACCCCUUGAGGUUUUCAUGUGCAGCAUUGUCCGCAAAAUGGGAUAUGGUGACGGCUUCAAGUGGCUCUCUCAAUAUAUCAAGUAGAGAACCGAAGGAUUUAGGAAAAUUCCUUUUGUCAUGUUUCUGAUUGGUACUUACUUCAAACUCACUUCUCUAGAUCUUUUGAUUAGUUACACAACACAAAUUGGUAUCUUGAACAAGUUUGCGUGAAAUUUUUGUUGUCAUAUGUUCUGAUUCUUGUUGGUUGUUAUUGUCAUUUGUCUGGAAGAAUCUGAAUAAAUUUUGUCAAUUUGUGUCAUCUUGAUGUAACCCAAACUUUGAUACAUGACAAUAAAGAGAAGCAAUCAGCCCAUAUGAUUCUUUCCUUGA